UCUCUUCUAUUUCAAAACUUCCUGGUACAUUCCAGUCUCUCUGUGCUGUUCACUAUGGCUUUGCUCAAAGCACUUGUAGUGUUUACUGGAAUCUUUCUGGCGGUUUACUUUUAUUCAGCAGGAGAUGUGUUUGAACCAGCUAUGCUUAAGGGCAAGAGAGUAAUAGUCACAGGAGCAAGUUCGGGAAUUGGAGAGCAGAUGGCGUAUCACCUGGCCAAGAUGGGGUCUCAUAUCCUUAUCACUGCAAGGACAGAAGAGAAACUUAAGAAGGUGGUUGCGCAGUGCACACAUCUGGGAGCUGCCUCUGCUCAUUACAUUGCCGGCAGCAUGGAUACCAUGACAUUUGCAAAGCUGGUAGUGCACAAAGCUGAGAAUCUAUUUGGUGGGUUGGAUAUGCUUAUCCUGAAUCAUAUUGGUCACACAUACUUUGGUUACUUUGAUGGCAACAUUGACCAUGUAAGAGAUCUAUUAGAGAUCAAUGUCUUGAGUUACGCUACCAUGACAGUAGCAGCUCUUCCGAUGCUGAAAAAAAGCAAUGGGAACGUUGUGGUUGUCUCAUCAGUUGCAGGUAAAAUUGGACUCCCUCUAACUGUGCCAUACUCCACUACUAAAUUUGCACUGGAUGGAUUUUUCAGCUCAUUGCGAAUGGAGUUUAUCCAGCAAAACAUUGAUGUUUCCAUUACACUAUGUAUAAUCAGCUAUAUAGACACAGACAGUGCUCUAAAAACUGUGUCAGGUGUAAUCCAGCAACCAGCAGCUCCCAAAGAAGAGUGUGCACUGGAAAUCAUAAAAGGGGGAGCUCUGCGAAAAAGAGAAGUCUACUAUCAAUAUCAUGCUACCAAGAUCCCGCUUCUUCUUAGAGAUUGGGCCCCAGAAUUAUUACAGUCUCUUCUCCUUAAGAAUUAUAACAUGGACAACUUUCAGAGGAAAGAAGUUUAGUUCAUGCACAAAAAAGUAACUCACACACUGGAAAUGUGGAAAAGAUCUGUUAGGACACAUAGCGCACCGGCACUGAUUUACCAAGAGGUUUAAAAAAAUCAAGCAAGAAGCAAACACUAUGGGCUGAUUAAACAUGCAUAGGUGAUAAAUUGCACUAGUGCAGUUGCAUAAAGCAACCACUGUUUAGCAAUGCAGAACAAACACAGAGGAACUGAGGCACUGUGUGAAACACUAAAGAGCAUUGCAUCUUUUCUAUGGACAUUGUCUCUCUUUAGUAAAUGGUUGUUAAAUUGUAUAAUCUCGUGAGCACUGUCAAACCCAUGUACCUCUUUAUCUCCUGUGUCCCAUUGAGACUUUCUAUCCCACUGUUUCUUUUCUUUUUAACCUUCACAUAAGUGGGUGCAUCUGAGCCCACACUAAGGUGGGGAACCAGCCUAUAGCAGUUAGUAACUGUCAGCAAAUCAGCCCUGUCAACCACAUUGUUAUAUAACUAUGUUCUAAAUAAAAAUGUAUCCAACUUAA